UAAAAUUAGAAAUAAACAAAAAUGAUAAUAUGUUCACUAUGUUAGGAUUUAAAAUACUUUAAAUUAAGCUAUAAUGACCUUUUAUUAAAUUUAUAACUAAAAAACUAACAAAUGAGAAUGUCAUGUUCACUAUAGUGUAAUCGGCUUUUUAUGGAGCUGGAAAGUCGGAUUAACCCACGCUCCACAGCUGCAUUGUGGGUAAGCUUCAAGUGGUUAUUUAGUAGACAAGUUAUUCAUAAAGGAAACUUGGAUAACUAAUACUAAAAAGUUUAGGAUAAAGAUAAGGUUCCUAGAUUAAUAUGUAAUAUGAUAAGUUAGGAUUUAUGUUGCUUAUAUAAAGAGAUCAUAUAUAAUGUAAGAAGAUCUAUUAAGAAAGUUAAAAAAGCAAAGAAAGAUAAUAAAACAAAAAAGACUGUUUUAUAAAGUUCUUGUGUUCUUGAUUACUUUAUAUGGUACCAGAAAUAGUCAAGAUGAUCAUGGAACCUGUGAUGAUAUUUUUAAAGGAUCGAGAUGUUGUGGGAGACAUAUUUUCAAAGGAAAGAAACAAACGAGAUGAGUGUGGUCCUUAGUUUAAAGGGAAGAAUAUGAAAUAUUAAACAAAGUUUCACAUUGAAAUUAGACAAAAUAAAAUAUAAUAUAUAAAAAGAUGUCAAACUCUAAUUAAUAUGAUAUUAUCCACUUUGGACUUUAGGCAAUAACCUAACCGGGCGUUACAUCCCAUCCAGUUGAAAUAACCUAACCGGGCGUUACAUCCCAAACAAAGAAGCUUCUCUUCAACAAACCCAUCAUGAACUGCAAAAAUUCAAACAGCAUGUUAAGAUCAAUUAUAAAGAUUCUUGUUGAGAUAAAAAAACAUGUUUUUAAAGAUUAUCUCUCACUAGUUUGCAUCCAUUUCAUAGGCUGGACAAAGAUGGAAGAGCACUGAACUCGUUCAGCAGAGUUUCCGCUUCUCUUCUUCCAAGCAAAGCAUUCUUCACCUUUCCCUGGUUCAUGAGGGACUAUGUUAUCCUCAAUAGCGACUAUUCUUCUGCGUUUCCUGUGAAGAAGAAUUGGUCUCUGCCUCCUCCACAUGCAACUCAAUCACAGCCUUGCUGCUCUCUACCUCCAUGCGAAUCUCAGUUUUGUUCUUUGUUUCGGCUUAAUACACCCGGUUCAACCCUGGCCCAGUUCUCAAACGACGUCGUUCGAACACUUGGAUUGGGCCGUGGGCUUCGUUGUGUUGUGCUUUUGUACAUGGCAACAUUCGAACCAGUUUCUUCUUCGACUUCAUUCCACUCCAUAGAAUCUCGGACGAGUAAAGUCAAUAGGAUUCCUUUACCAUAUUUGAUCCGACCUCGUAGGAAACUACCCGUUUACGACAGCUAUUCACUUUAUGACGAUUACAUUGGAUAUUUAUCUAACAAGGUUGGGUUAAAGACUGAUGAGGGGGAUGAUGAAACCUCCUCUUUGGAGAAAGGCAACGAGAGCAAUGCAAUGUUAUGUGGAACUGGUUCGCUGAGUGAUGAAGAAUACGUGGUUGUGGACAAUGUUGAAGUUUCGCCCAAUUCUAAAACAGAGAGAGCAGGAGCAAUUCAGAUGAUGGAACUCUCAAAAGAUGGAAUUGAAGAGUCUGAAUCCGGAGGAUCAGAUAGUGAUGCUUGGGUGGUGGUGUAAAUUAAAACCUUGUAAUUAGGAGGUUGCAAUUGAAAUAGGGGGAGGGAGAGGGGAAU